AUGGACUCCAUGCGAAGUUUGAACACCUCCCUCCCGGGCGCCUCCGCGGCCGCCAAGCAGCCGACGCAAAAUGACUCCCCCGAGCAACUCAUCGACGCCUUUAAGGCCGCCGCGCUUUCCGUGACGAAACUCUACAAGACUUCUGCGGCCGCCCAAUCCAAGGCCCGCAUGGACGGCUACCAAGACUGCCUCGACGACCUGCUAUCGUUCCUCGACAAUGAGAGAAUCGGGCUGGGCGACGGCGACGGCUGGAGGAUCCGAAGCUGGGCAACUGAGAGGCUGGACGGCGCCAGAGAUACAGGCUCCCAGAACGCCGAGAGCGACGACGAGGCGGACAAGGCGGAGACUGUGUCCUCUCCGGGGCUGAACAGGACGAGCAGUGGCACACAACUCGCGUCCCUGCGAGGGGAGAGCCAGCUGAGGACGGACUCGGCGCCCCCUAGCAUCCCGCAGCCUGUCCACGAAGAGGAGGAAGAGGGCCCUGAACCCGUAUCAGUCACUGUGCCGACGGCAGACUCUUUCACCUUUCAAUCAUCUCACCCCUGGCCGCCUCAACCUCAUCAACAAGACGCCUACCUGAACCUCGCGAACCUGGACCUCUCAGACUCUCGGACACACGACGCAUCAUCAACAAACACAAAUCCCGCAACGCGCACAGCGAGACCACGACACCCCGCCAACAUGCCCCGCUCAGCAUCAAGACAAGGAAGCAACCUCGGUCGCGGCGCGGGUUCGAAGCGCAAGAUCAACUUUGCAGAGAUAUUCGACCUCAGCAGUAUAGACAAGAACAUGUUUGGCGGCGGACCAAAGCGUAGCAGGCACACAUAG